GUAUAUAUAAAUAUAUAUCAGCCCCAUUCACGCUUGCUCAUUUUGAUAAACCCAAGCUGAGGCUGUACUUCACUGGAGGAGUCGAGCCUCAACAUUCGCCGGCGUCCGACGGAAGAAUCACUCGUUCAGCUCCUUUUUCAUGCAAUCGAAUCGGAGUUGAAAGGAAGAAAGACGAAGAGCCCUACAUUUUUGGGUGAAAUUUUAGAAGUGUUCCAAGUUUCUCUUCUGUGAAACCUAAAAGUCGUCUUUUGGAUCUAGCUUUCCAGGACCAGGACUCUUAAAAAUCUUCUUGAUUUCCUUCCCUUUUUAAACCUCAUAGUUUCUCCUCUUUAAAGCCUUAAAAUUCACUACUUUUCCUCACAAUUUUUACCCAGAAAGCUAAGAAAUGGGAGUGAAAGUAGCUUUAACCUGUUUGCAAUGGUCACAGCCAGUUCUUCCUCAUUCCCCAUCCUCUUCUCAGACUCUAGCCUCUGCAAUCUCAUCUCCUUCCUCCAAACGGGGAAAUCGUGGCAGCAAUGGAGGAGGAGGUGCUCUAAUAUGUCGAUUAGUUGGAAGAUUGGACAGGUCGAGCCUAGUUGGUUCCCAAUCAAUGCGGCUUUGCAGGUCUCGAUCUUGUGAUUACCCUCUCGCGGCAUCUAGAAAAUUAAGAUUCACCUGCAGUUCCAGCUUUGACUCAUGUUCGGACGAAGAAUUCUCGAAGAAAAUUGAAGAUUUAGCUCUCAGAUUCCAGCUCUCCGAUGAGAAAAAUAAUGCCACAGAUUCAGAAUCACAUAGUUUCGGUGAAGAUCAGACACAAAGCCCAGUUUCCGAACUAAAGAGCAUUGAGCCUCCCUGGGUGGAAAUCCAGAAAGACCCGCCGGAUUGGAGCACUGGUGGCAGCGACGAGAUUAUUCCAUCGAUUAUUGAAAGAAAAGCGAACAGCGUGGAGCUUCCGUUUUCUUUGAGAAUCAUAAAGAAGAAGUUGCAGUGGAAAGAAGGCUUCAGAGAGGCAGGUGAAUCUGCUUGUUGCUCUGUAAAGAAAGCUUUCUCUUCCAUGGUGUUCAUAAUCCGUGAGCUCCAUAGCUAUACGCUGCAAAUGAGAGAGAUCCUAUUUUACGAAGAUCUCCACGAGAUCCUUGCUCGAGUCCAAAAAGAAAUGCAUGCGUCGUUCGUUUGGCUGUUUCAGCAAGUCUUCUCUCACACGCCCACUCUCAUGGUCUACGUGAUGAUUCUUCUUGCAAAUUUCACUGUUUAUUCAAUGGGGCACAACGCCGCCAUAGCCGCGGCUCCACCGCCCGCUUCCACGACGGAGAUUGCUUCCGCCAGUGAAAUUCAGCAAAAUAAGAAAUUUGAUUCGUCGGCGAUCAAGACAUUUUCGGUCUCCUCUUCAAGCGGGAAAACAACGUCCAUUGGGGGUAACAUUGGCGGCGGCGGGAAAGUCCGGCCAAUUGCCAGCGGCACAGAUGGAGGCGAUGGGGGGUUUGACAGGUCGGAUCACUACCACCGUACAGUCCUUCCCCAUGGCGGCUCAACUCAGUUUUCCACCGUGGGAACAACUGGGGAAACAGUGGAAGAGACUGGAGCGAAGGAAAAUGAUGAGGAGGCGCGUUUAUGGGAAUCCAUUGUGGACGAAGCUAGGAUAAUGGAAGCAAGUUCUAGGGCUGAAGCUCUGGACCAGGAGACCGUGAAGCGGUUCGUUUCGCCGGUAUCGGCGAGAAUCGAAUCCGACGACUACGCGGAGUACCUCAGGACAGAGCUUCUGUACCAGACAGCGUUGUCUCAGGAACCCAAUAACCCUCUUCUCCUAGCGAACUACGCUCAGUUUCUCUACCUGGUUGCCCAUGAUUACGACAGGGCUGAAGAGUACUUCAAGAGAGCGAUAGGAGCGGAAGGCGCUGACGCGGAAGCCUACAAUAAAUACGCAACGUUCCUGUGGAAGGCAAAGAACGACUUGUGGGCAGCAGAGGAAACCUACUUGGAAGCCAUUUCUGCGGAGCCCACGAACUCGUAUUAUGCUGCUAAUUACGCUCACUUCCUCUGGAACACUGGUGCUGAGGACACUUGUUUCCCUCUUUCUUCUCCAGACACCUUCCAAGAACUUCAAUAAUUUUGAUCACAUGAUGCUAGGAACCAGGAAAAAAAAAAUCACAAAAGAAAAAGCAAAUUUUGUUAGUUUAUUUUUUUUCCUUUUAAAACUGGAUUAGGAAGUCCGAGAAUGAGAUCGAGUACUUGAGGAAGGUGGGACUGGGGAGCAAAGUAAACGACGGUACGUUUAAGGGAGGCGAUAUUGUUAUUUAAUUGGCGUCGCCUUCACGUUGGAGAUCUGUGGAGAGGGAGGUGGCCUAUGAUUGAAGAGUAGGAAGAUAUGGCGUGGGAAUGGGUGGUGGGGAGGUUCUGCUUUUGCACAUAUUAUCGCGUUUCUUUUUUUUUUUUUCGAGUUUUUCGCUGACACAAUCGCACGGCAAAUUGUAAUUAAAAUGUUUUUCUUUGUUGAUAAUAUGAAUGCCGUUUUUGGGA